AUGGACACUUUCAUGGAGCAAUUCACCAGUAGCAAAAAGUUAGAGAAGUUGUCGAGCAACCUUUACCGGAUCCGCCAACACCAGAAUGAGCCGCUUCGAGAAUAUGUGGAAUGCUUCAACCAUGAGAAAGUCUCUAUCCCCUACUGCAACCAAGAGACCACGGUGAAUGCCUUCAAGAAGGGACUCCUCCCUAAUAGCGAGCUAUACAAAGAACUCACCAAAUUCAACUACACAACUAUGGAAGAUAAGCUGGCCCGCGUCUUGAUAAAAAUAAGGUGGGAAGAAAAUGAGGUCCACCGAAUCAAGCUUAGCAACGUCGAUGACCACCACCCUCGUCAAUCUAAUAGAUGCCAUGACUCUAGACUAAUCGAGUCAUACCGAGUGAGGAGAGGUCCGAUCCGCGAUAAUAAAUGCCAACAAGAGCGUCACUCAGCUGGACACAUUGAUAGAGCACCUAUCCAACCCUAUAGAUACAAGAUGUCUGACUACAACCUGAACAUCGAGCCCACAAAAGUAGUGGCAUUGAUGAAAGAGAUGGGAAAGGUCGUCAAAUGGCUAGCUAAGUUGCCAUACUUUGGGGCUAGGCGAGAUACUACUAAGUGGUGCGAAUUCCAUGGGGACCAUGGCCAUGUCACUACCGAUUGUAUCACUCUUUGCCUCGAGGUUGUGGAGUUACUAAAGAGAGGUCACUUACAAGACUUCCUAACAAAUAAAGGGAAAGUCACCUUCGCAAAUAAGAACCGCCAAGUUACACCCCCACUAAAAGCACCAUCUACUGACAGGAUGUAUAGUGUGAUCUCGAGAGGAUUAGAGGUAAGUGAAGUGGGUUAUUCCUCAGCCAAGCACCAUGCAAGAGCCGCAGCCCAUCCAAUGUAUCAUUCUCACCAACCAUUCAUUCAAGAACCAACAAAUCUGACAAUCAAAUUCGUUGACAAUGAAGCGGCAUCUCUCCUCAACCCCCACCAUGAUGCACUCAUCAUCACCCUAUAG